AUGUAUCCUGUAAAUCAAUGGGGUGGGCUGCCGAACUACGGCGGCUACCAAAACCCACAAAUGACCGGCGGAUUUAUUCAUCCACAGCAUACUUCCAUGGGCGGCGGGGUGCCUCCGAACUUUAACAGUGCGCAAGGCGCAUCGUUCGUGGCCCGACCCCUUCGGCCUCCGCCUCCGCCCAUGUCUGCAGGGAUGAUGCCGCAGAUGACGGGCAUGUCUCCUGGAAUGAUGCAACAAGGGACAGGAAUGUCACCCAUGAUGCAGCAAGGCACAGGCAUGCCCAUGAUGCAACAAGGGACAGGGAUGUCGCCUAUGAUGCAGCAAGGCACAGGCAUGCCCAUGAUGCAACAAGGGACAGGAAUGCCUAUGAUGCCACAAGGGACAGGGGUGAUGCCGCAAAUGACAGGCGUGUUGAACGAUCCACGCAUGCGGCUCAUGUAUACUCAAUUCCUCCCUGCGGCACAGCCAUACUCCGGUGGCGCUCCUGCGGCCAGCGCAAUGAACUUUCACCAGGCCAGUCUCCAGCCGCAUCAGUUCCAGAACAAACUACAGAGCAUGGGUGCAUCAUCCAAUGCCCCUCCCGCCGCAGGUGCGAAACCCAAGAUCCCUUGGGCAUUGACCAAGGAGGAAAAGAAAUCGUACGAUAAUAUUUUUCGUGCAUGGGACGCCAAACGCACCGGAUUUAUUGGCGGUGAAGUUGCGCGAGAACUUUUUGGUCAGAGUGGCCUGGACCGCGAGACCUUGCUCCAGAUAUGGCACCUGUCCGACACGGAAAACAAGGGAAAGUUGAAUCAGGCCGAAUUCCACGUUGCGAUGGCCCUGAUUUACCGUGCACUAAACGGAAAUACGGUCCCUGUAGAGCUUCCCCCAGAGCUUGUGCCGACUUCUUCGCGCGACCUGGAUGAAUCGGUUGAUUUCCUCAGAGACCUGCUGAAGCAGGACUCGAGUGUGCGUAGCUCCACUGCGCUCAACCUUCCUGAGCCCGGCUCGAACCGCGGCGCGAAUUAUACUGAGAGCCGCAGUUUCUACCAGAAUCCUAUCCAGCUCAAGCCGCAGCCUAAAUCGAGUGCGGAUGCGGUCACGUACAAGCACCAGGACUCUGGCUCUGCAGGCUACCGCAGCAAAGGCCGAUACUUGGACCGCCGCGAAGUGCGCUUUGAUGGGCAGAGUGCAGCCGAAGAUCUUGGCGAGAUGAAACGCCAGCUUGAAAAAACUCAGCGAAUGCUGGAAAAGACAGGUGUACAGGACGACGAAGACCGCGAAUUGGAGCGCGAGAUGGAAGAUGCUAGGUACUCUAUUCGGCGGCUACAGGAUGAUAUUGAGUAUUACAAUGCCCGCGACGGCGCACAUGCCAAUGACCAGCGGCGCAGAGCGGAGCGCACGCUGAUGCAGUUAUUGCACGAACGUCUUCCAGAGCUCGAGUCGCGUUUGGAGAAACGGCAGUCGCGCGAUCGAGAAAGGCGUGUACAGUCGAGCAAAGAGCGAGAUGCACGCAACAAUGAUCGGUACGCACAUUUGAAAGACGAUCCUGUAAAGUCCCCUGUCUUCACUACGGAAAGUGCGGCGCCGGCGGCAGCACCAGCACCGGCACCAGCGGCAGCACCAGCACCAGCGAGUGCGCCGCCUGCGAUGCUAACAGGCACAGAGCGUGAGGCGUGGAUUCGUUCCGAGGCUCAGCGUCGUGUACAGGAGCGCAUGCGGAUGCUCGGUGUAGGCGGCUCCGUGAGCCCUGGAAAUCAAUCACCGAGCAUGGAUACCAGUGUAGAGGAGCGCUUACAAGCGGAGAAACGUGAGGCAGAAAAGCGCGCUGCACAAGCCGAUCGUGAAGCGGCGGAUCGCGAGGAAGCGAGGCGUACGCGUCUACGCGAGCAAAAGCUGAGUCGAGCGGCGCCGCCGCCGCCGCCAUUACGUACGCCUGCACCGAAAGCAGCACAUGCAGCUCCACCGGAGCCUGAGUCUUCCAGGACCAAUCCCUUUUUCCAUAUGCAGCAGGUGGCCGAGACGGAACAUUCGAUUGCUACAAAGCGAGAGCCUGAGCCAAUCGCGGAGCCCGAGCCUGAGCCAGUUGCAGAGCCCGAGUUUGAGCCAGUUGCGGAACCCGAGCCUGAGCCAGUUGCGGAGCCCGAGCCUGAGCCAUUUAUGGAAUUCGAACAAGAGUCCGGACCACCUGUGGAGCAUGCUUUAUCUGCGCCUGCUGCACCACCCAGCAACUUGCCCAUGCCUCAACGCGCUGUGCCGCCCAGUGCCCCCAAAUCGUCAAACAUGCCUGUUCAACUUCCUCCGUCACAUGACGAUGAUUGGGACGAAGAGGAUGAGGAGGAUGAGGACGGCCCUGGCUUGAGCUCGCGUGUCACUCGUCAGCACUUGGCGCAGCAGUUAUUCAGCGGCGUUGUGUCCAGUGCGCCUGCUACGCCCCCUCCAGCACCGGCACCGCCCCCUCCAGCAUUAACGCCUCCAGCUCCCAAGACCUCCGCUGUGCAACUCGACGAAGAGCCCGGCGAUCGCAAUGCGCUUCUCUCCCAAAUCCGUGGAGGCAAGUCCUUGCGCAAAGCCAGCGUGAAUGACCGAAGCAAUGCGACCACUGCCGGCGCCGUAUUGGGUUCUGCAUCACCACCUCAAGGUCUUUCUUUGGCGUCUGUGCCCGAGUCAGAAGCGCUGGAAGCAGCGCCUGCCGAGGCGCCGCAUUUCCCUGGCAGUUUUGAAGAGCCGACCGAUGAGCUUGCUGCACAGCCUGUGGAUAACCAAGACGAUCUAGGGUUUGACAUGACGCGCUCUGUGCUUUUCCGCACAAUGUAUCCAUUUACCGGAGAACAAGGGAUGCUUUCGUUUGAUACUGGCGAAGUGCUUAUCGUGCACCCUACACUUGACGGACCAACAAUUGAAGGCGAUUGGACUUACGGUGCGCUUCUUUGUGCGCCUGCGCACAAAGGGUUGAUCCCAGUUGCGUACGUGGCCUCUAUAGAGGAAACGAUUGGCGCUGAGGCGUUGUACGAUUACAACGCCGCAUCCCCCGAAGAAGCAUCUUUCAAGGAAGGCGAAGUGCUGCAAAUUGUGGACCAAAGUGACCCUGAUUGGUGGCUUGUUGUGCGUGGUGCCAAAUGCUUGCUCGCCCCAGUAAAUUACAUGCAAGUAGCGUAA